CAUGACCACAAGCAGUCUUAUGUCGAAUACGUAUAUUUGCAUGAAUUGACUUUGUCAAUCUGUCUUCAACAUUAAGUGCAUAAUACAGCCUGCAUCCGGAUGUGACGAGAUUGUUACUGCAUUAUGCUCAGUGGGGAAUAUUUGAAGCCACACAAUAUUGCGGAGGAUUACGGAACCAUGGACAGGAUGUGUUGACAUGGUCGUCUUCAUUGGAUUCAAGCUUCCCUGUCCUGCUCUGGAUACAAUGAUGCAGCACUGAAUGGACGUCUCGUGCCACCAGCAGAGUGACAGCAUCCAAGAAACACCCACCAACAAUCUGGAGAGUUAUCUGAGGGUUGAGAAAGACAUACAAGAGACAGCAAGAAAGUAAAACGAGGAAAGAAAAUAAUUCUGAGUUAUAGAGCUGGAGGGAAAGAAGACAGGAGGAUAAAGAGAGAAGGGUUGAGUUGUGGAGCUGCCUGUGUGCUGCAGUGUGGAGGUUGGAGGUCAUGGUGGGGCGGGGCCUGUCGGUGUGUAAGCCCCGCUUUGGUAAGCGGGGGCGGUUCGGGGUGGUGCCUGCUCUCUGUGUGCUGAUAGUCAGUGCUGCCCUGCUAGCUCUGCUCUUCGUGGACUCCAUUGAGUCAUGGGCCACCUCCAUGAACAUGAACACAAUGGUAGAGGCGCAGGGGGGGAUCAUACCCCCACAAAGUGUCCCCCCAACCAGACCCGAGGAGUACCUCCUUAUGCCCAGCCCUCUCGUCUGCCAGCGUGCCAAACCCUACCUCAUCGCCAUGGUGACCUCCGCCCCAGCCAAUCAGAUGGCCCGCCAGGCCAUCCGGGACACGUGGGGUGGGGAGGUGGAGGUCAGGGGUCAUAGGGUCAUGACCUUGUUCAUGGUCGGGGUGGCCUCUGACCCCGGGCUAGCCAAGCUGCUGAUAGAGGAGGCCCGGGAACGAGGGGACCUGAUCCAAGGGCGCUUCUGGGACUCCUACUCUAACCUGACCCUGAAGACCCUCUCCAUGCUGAACUGGGCCCGACGCUUCUGCCCCCAGGCCCACUUCCUGGCCAAGGUGGACGAUGACGUCCUGUUCAACCCCGGGGCCCUGCUGCGCUACCUGAACAGGAGCACCGUGACCAACACCUACGAGCAUGGGGACCUGUACCUUGGCCGGGUCCACCUUCACGUGGCUCCAGACCGAGACCCAGACAGUAAGCACUACCUCCCUAGAGGGGCGUACCCUGCAUCUGUCUUCCCUGACUACUGCAGUGGCACUGCCUACAUCCUCUCUCGCUCCUCCCUGCUCAAGAUCUCCUUGAUGGCCGCUUCCUCACCUCUGCCCACCCCUCUGCCACCCGAGGACGUUUUUGUGGGUCUGUGUGCCCAUGCGGCUGGAGUGCUGCCCUCCCACUGCCCGCUGUUCUCUGGUGGGCCCGCAGUGCCCUAUGGGCGCUGCUGCUACCAGGCCAUGGUGUCCAUCCACCACAUCUCCCCCAGAGAGAUGCUCCGGUUUUGGGCUGACAUCCACUCCCCUCCCCCCUGCUCCUGGCUGGGCCUACGCGCCUCUCUGGGGGUCUGUAAAGUCCGGGCCAUGCUGGGGACCUUUCUGGGGGUGGAUCAGGGGCUGUGAGGGGGGUGUUGCCCUCGUGGAUAGGAAACUAUUGUGUUUUGGGGCUGUGCCUCAGCCAGGAUUUCAAUACUGUGAUUAGCACAAGCGCUCUAUUUCAUUGGGAAUGGUAAGGAAUCACUGUGCACUAUGAAAAUGUGCUUUUAUUUUUAUAGCUUUUUAGGAAUAUUUGAAUGUAUUUUAUGUUAUGUAAUAAUGCUGACAUUUUGUCAAAGCUGAAGGAAUAUGAAUCAGUAGUUGAAGGGAAUUAGUGUGAAGAUAUAUUUAAGACUGUUAGAACACACACAGACACAUACUGUAGGCCAGUGUUGCCCAACUCCAGUCCUCCAGUAUCUCCAACAGUACGCAUUUUAGUUGCAGCCCCUGACAAGCACACCUGAUUUAACUUGUCAACUAAUCAUCAAGCCCUCAUUGAGUUGAAUCAGGGAGUUUGUCCGGGGCUACAACAAAAAUGUGUGCUGUUGGGGAUACUGGAGGACUGGAGUUGGGAAACACUGCUGUAGAUAUGUAAAUAUUACUGACCAGGAAACACAUAACCUACAGGAUAUUUGCCAUUAAUGUAAGAAUUUAGAGUAAUGUUAUUCAUGCAUAAUGGAAUGUUUUACUAAUUAAAAUUGAAUUUUAUUUUUCACAUCCGCUUAAUACAACCGGUAUAGACCUUACAGUAAAAUGCUUACUUACAAGCCCUUAACCAACAAUGCAGUUUUAAGAAAAUGCGUGUUAAGUAUAAAAUAGAUAAGUAAAAUAUAAGAAAUAAAAUUAAUAAUUAAAGAGCAGCAGUAAAUAACAAUAGCGAGGCUAUAUACAGGGGGUACCGGUACAGAGUCAAUGGUUAGUCGAGGUAAUUGAGGUAAUAUGUACAUGUAGGUAGAGUUAAAGUGACUAUGCAUAAAUAAUAAACAGAGAAUAACAGCAGUGUAAAAGGGGGGGGGCAAUGCAAAUAGUCUGGGUAGCCAUUUGAUAAGCUGUUCAGGAGUCUUACGGCUUAGGGGUAGAAGCUGUUGAGAAACCUUUUGGACCUAGACUUGGCGCUCCGGUACCGCUUGCCUUGCGGUAGCAGAGAGAACAGUCUAUCACUAGGGUGGCUGGAGUCUAUACCACUACCUGGUAUAGAGGUCCUGGAUGUCAGGAAGCUUUGUCCCAGUGAUGUACUGGGCCGUGUGCACUACCCUCUGUAGUGCCUUGCGGUUGAAGGUGAAGCAGUUGCCAUACCAGGCAGUGAUGUAAUCAGUCAGGAUGCUCUCGAUGGUGAGAAGUCCAGGAUCCAGUUGCAGAGGGAGGUGUUUAGUCCCAGGGUCCUUAGCUUAGUGAUGAGCUUUGAGGGCACUAUGGUGUUGAACGCUGAGCUGUAGUCAAUGAAUAGCAUUCUCACAUAUGUGUUCCUUUUGCCCAGGUUGUAAAGGGCAGUGUUGAGUGCAAUAGAGAUUGCAUCAUCUGUGGAUCUGUUGGAGCGGUAUGCAAAUUGGAGUGGGUCUAGGGUUUCUGGGAUAAUGGUGUUGAUGUGGGCCAUGACCAGCCUUUCAAAGUACUUUAUGGCUACAGACGUGAGUGCUACAAGUCGGUAGUCAUUUAGGCAGGUUGCCUUUGUGUUCUUGGGCACAGGCACUAUGGUGUUCUGCUUGAGACAUGUUGGUAUUACAGACUCGGUCAGGGACAGGUUGAAGAUGUCAGUGAAGACACUUGCCAGUUGGUCAGCGCAUGCUCGGAUUACACGUCCUGGUAAUCUGUCCGGGCCUGCGGUCUUGUGAAUGUUGACCUGUUUAAAGGUAUUACUCACAUCGGCUACAGAGAGCGUGAUCACACAGUCGUCCGGAACACCAGUGUUGCUUGCUUCGAAACGAGCGUAGCAGUAAUUUAGCUCGUCUGGUAGGCUUGUGUAACUGGGCAGCUUGCGGCUGUGCUUCCCUUUGUAGUUUGUAAUAGUUUACAAGCCCUGCCACAAGACAAGCAUAAGGUCAGCUUACUGUAAGACUGAAACAACCGGCAAAAAGGACUUAGUACAUAGUCUCUUCUGUAUAGCUACUAUGUAAGAUUACUUACUGCCUAAGUAGACUCAGGCUGCUUUCACCUGUUAUAAAACAAUAGCACUAAAGAUGCAUGAAGUUGCCAAAAUGCAACUAACUCUUGCUUCCACUUUAAUAAUAUGGUAAAAAUGUAAAUGAUAGUUUCUCUCUUCCCCCACCCACUCCAGAUCACCCCCCACCCACUCCAGAUCACCCCCACCCACUCCAGAUCACCCCCACCCACUCCAGAUCACCCCCACCCACUCCAGAUCACUCCAGUAGUACCAAGCAUUUUCUCUAUUAUGUAUUCAGCUGAAAUGUCAAUCAAAACAAGUGGUUUUCUUUCAUUGUUUCCUCUCAUCGACUCAUGACCUUCAUCUGAACUGAAUUCUGAAUAGAUGAUUUGCUUUCAUCUGUGCAGUUCUAUAGAUAAACUUGAAGGAACAAAGUUUGAAACCGCGGCAAAGGGAGCACCUCAAUACACAGUCAGCCCUUCUUCCUUGGUGGUUCAAACGCUAUGGUCAGUCAACAGCACUGAAGACAUGAAGAAGACCAGAUGAGAUGGACCUGCCAUAGGCGAACACACACACACACACAGAUGCAGUAUUUAUAACCCCGCUUCAAUAACUUAUGUAACUGUCAUGUUUUGCAAGUAGAGUGUGAAUAAAAGACAUGCAUUGGUU